GCAGAUAUACUUCGAUUCGAUGCUGUUUACAAAAUGGUCCAUAGUAAUGUGAGUAGGAUAUGUAACUUUACGACAAGAGUAUGGAAUGUCACUUGCCAAGGUCUUACCCCCAGCACUUUUACUGGAAAUAUCAGUAGCGUGUAAGCAAGAUUACUAGUGAGAAUCAGCCAUGGGAUAUGUCAGAGUUUGUGAUUCUCUGGAUUUCUACAAUCUUUUCUUUUCUCAUCGGAUCCAUGUACUAUCACAACCAUGGCUCCAAUCCUUUAAAAUCUCUCUCUUCUCCGCUUUCUAUUUUUCUUUUAACUACUCUCAUUCGUAGUCCUUUCUUUUUUCUGGCUGCUUUCAGCCCGCUCUUUAUUCAACACAACAUUUCUCUGACUUGCUCAGUCCAAACCAUUCAAUGAAACUCGUGACCAUCCAACAUUGUCAACCCUGGGUUAAGACC